GGACAUUUAAAAAAUACAUUACGAUAUAUGCCAAAUAUUUUAAGCUAAAUGUAAGCCAUUAUUUUGAAAAUCCACACACCGGAAGGUACACAGUUCCUCUUGCUAGCUUAAAUGUACGAACCACCGAAAGCUACAAUUAGCUAAUAGUUUGAGAUUAAAUGUAACUAUUUGGAGUAUUUCUAUCAACAUUUAGAUGAAGGUACAUAAAUUGAGUUGUUUAUGUGAACAUUUGAGUCUAAAAAUAGCGAGCUGAAAGUUGAGUUUUUGUUGGAAAAUGAAGGCGGUGUUACGAGGAUUUGGGUUCACCGGACACAAGAUGAUCUAAGAUGCCUUCUUUUGACCUUAUUAAUAAGGUGGAGCUGUUUGUGCGAACAGGAACGUAUCCUGCAGACGCAUCAAAGAGCUCAAAGAAAGUAACCAAAGCUGCCAGCAAACACUUCAUCUAUAAAGAUGGCUGUCUGUGGCGAGCCUAUCGAGGCCGCCUCCUCCGUGUUGUCAAGAGCGACGAGGAAGUGAGGGAGAUCCUUGUGCGUUACCAUGACAACAACAACCACGCUGGCCGGUGCCGAACAGUAAAGGAGAUAAUGCUGAUGUAUUACUGGGUUGGAGUGACGGAGGCGGUAAAGACCUGGAUCAAAGCUUGUGCUGUUUGUCAGAGCAGAAGUCCGGCCGAACCGCCAGAGCCGCCCGUCAGCUUCUGUUUGGCCUACGGAUGCGAUGCCUCCAGCUACGUUAACCCUGAGCUCAGCUUCCACAGGUUUCCCAAGGAGGCAGAGCAGCGGCAGAGGUGGCUGGUGGUGGCUCAGAGGGACGAAGGCUCGCUUCGCACCAAGUCCUGCCUCUGCUCGAGACACUUUGAGCCGUCAUGUUUCACGCUGAGUGAGGAGGGUCAGCUGACUCUAUCACUGGACGCCAUACCGACCAUUAUCCCAGUGACGGCGCAGGAGGACGAGGUUCCAGUCCCUUCAGAUGAGGACUUCCUCAACUCCAACACCCUGGAAGACCUCCUCUCCCCAGCCACAGAAACCACAGACCCCCCUGAGCCGGCUAUCUAUCCCUCUGAAACCCCUGUGCAACUGCAGGAGCACCAGUACUGCCUCCCGGCUCCUGAUCCGUACUCCAGAGGGGUGCAGAGGGUGGUGUUGGAGAAUAGGAGGAAGACUAUUAUCGAGCCAAGCUUCACGGCUUACAACCAGAUCGCCAGGUAUCUGAGCCACAGGGUGUUACCUAUGCAAAGCAAGAAAUCCAGAAGUUCCUUAAAAAGGAUGGCCAGGCGCUUUAGCUUAAUAGAUGGCGUCCUGAUGUACACACGACUCGCUCGUCCUCUCAGAGUGCCGCGCUGCAGAGAGGAGGUAAACUCGAUCCUGCAGCAGUUCCACGACAACCAGGGUCACUACGGCCAGGGAAUCUGCCAGCGAGAGAUCGCAAAGCGCUUCUACUGGGCCAGCAUGACCCGAGACCUGGCCCGCUGGAUCUCCAGCUGCCACACCUGCCUCAACAGAUCCAAGAGGAGGUGGCUCCGCUGCAGCGUCAACAACUGCACCAACUGCUGCGGGCCGGUGGAGAGAGGCCUCGGCCUCACCUUCCAUAAGUUUCCUCUUGACAACGUCGCCAUGCUGGCUCAGUGGUUGAAGGCUGUUGGUCGUCCUAACUGGCAUCCACGUCUCUGGUCGUCCGUUUGUUCGACCCACUUCACCGAGGACUGCUUCGACCGCAGCGGGGAUAAGGUCACCAUCCAUCCAGACGCCGUGCCCACACUCUUAGUCCACAGCGACUCAGCGAUGCCAUCCAGAGGUCCGACCCAGCCGCCUGUGAGAGAGGAGGCCUAUUUUGCCAAGUAUGAUGCCGUGGAGCUCUACCUGACCAAACGCACCUAUCCUCAUGGACUGUCAUAUGUGGAGAAGAACACCUUCAGGAGGUUCUGCAAGAAGUUUACCAUCAAAGACGGCGUGCUCCACAAUGUGAGAGAAGAUUGGGUGCGUUUGGUUCUGAGGAGCAGGCAGCGAGUUGAAGCCGCCCUGCUGGAUUAUCACAACGAGCUGAACCACCUCGACAUCAACAAGUGUCUCAGACUGCUCAAUGAAAGGUACUUCUGGAAAACCAUGAGAUCCGAUGUGGUGCAGUGGAUCAACAGCUGCAAGGAGUGCAGCAGGAAGAGGAGGAAGAAGCCAGAAAACCAAACACAACAGAAAGGAUCAGAGUCGCAUCUGGAGGCGCCGAGAUCACCACAGACACACGAUGAUUUGGACAGUGGGAGGGAUGUUUACAGCAAUGAUGACGAGACUGAUGGUGGGGAUGUUGAAGAGAGGCAGCCAGCAGCAGCUUCAGAGAACAGAGCGGACAGCCCUUUGUCCCCCCAACCUGUGACUCCCAUCAACCCUCAGCCCAGAAUCCCCAUACUUCUUCAUUUAAAAACUCCCAUCAACCUCCAGUGCAGAUCUCCCAUAAUCCUCCAGUCAAGGACUCCUAACGCCCCCCUUGUGGCCAAACUCCAGUCCGGCAAAAGAGAGACUCGUCCACAAUCUGAAGUUAAGGAGACAAACAGUUACGACAUCCAGCUUGAGAACCGGAGCAGCGUCCAGGAUCAGGUGGAGCUUCAGUUAGAGGAGCAGACACAAUCUCAGGAUCAGGAGGAGAUACAACCUCAGAUCCAGGAAGAGACUGUUGUUUCUCAGGGCAGCGCCAGAACACAUCACUAUGUCAAAGUCCAGGACGUAACCAAACCACCUCCAGAGUCACAUCCUCCAGCCGAGCUCCCUGCAAAACCUAAACGUCCACAAGCCGCAAGGAAGCUGAGUCAACCUCCAAGUCAAAGUAGAGGGCUGAAGACCCAGAAUCUAACCCGGAGUCACAGCCGCGUUAGGCACCUGGGGAAGAGAAGAAAAGACCUGGAGGCAGCGACGUCGGCUAAGAGGAGCCCCAGCUGUGGUCUGGAGCCUGUGGUGGCCCCGAGCACCAAACCCUGGCCGGUGUUCACCAUCGCUGGCUCUGCUGCGACACAGACAGCCAAACCGCUUCCUAAAGUGCACAGCCCCGAUCCCUCUCGGAGGCCCGGUGGACUACAGGCCCGGACGGUCAUCCAGCAGUGCAGUAAGGCGAAGGUUAAGAUCAGACCAGGUCUGGACGGAGCAGAAGCUCAGUGGGCGGAGAUCCAGGAGGGGAUGGUUGUUUACGUGUGCUUCUUCCAAGGAGCCGCUGAGGAUGUGGUUUAUGAGAUGGCCAACUGUCUGAUGUCCACCAAAUUUUUCCGAAAAGACACCGGGCACACGGUUUCCGUUCUUGACCAUCCCGGGAGUGUUUUAUUUAUCCCCCAGGACUCUCUGCUGGGGGAGCCGGUGGCCAACAGGAGGAUGCAGUACAGAGGGGGGUGUGAGCUGUGGUGGGGCGCCCAGCUCUUCUCUAACCUGGUGUCCGCCUGCAGGGAGUUAAUGUCCGGCUCGGUGAAAUGCAGGAAGGCAGGCGUGAAGGUUGAGGAGGGAAUCUACGGACAGAAACAAGAGAUGGAGCUGAGCUCUGUGGAGCCGCUGACGCUCCUGCUGGAGUUCUGAGGUACGCCUGAACAUUGUGUCUGUUCGAUCUGUGUGGACAGAAUAAUUCAGGACUGUUGCACAUGGAUAAACUACAGUUUAUACAAGUCCUCAUCAAAAUUUUAUUACCCUCGUUCAUUGGCUGCUCCCUCUCCUUAUAUCCCGCUCCUUUUAAAUCAGUCAGGAAGCCAAAACAGCCUUUACUUUUAAUGGUAGAAAACAAGAAAUGUUGACUUUUAUCCAAAUUAAGAUAUUAGCACUUCCUUGUUUUGUUUUCUCAUUCUUAUUUGCCUUUUACAAAAAAAGAUAAUGUGGCAGCAUGCAUGUUAAUCAGUGUCUCCAAAAUAUGUAUAGAAAAUCAAACUUUUUAACAUCUGAUGCAUCUAAACAAGCAGUCUGCUGUUGUGUAAAAAGUGUCUGUACACGCGUGUAGUUUACAGGACUGUAUCUUUGUUCAUAUUGUUCAUAUUGUACAGUUUAGAGAAAAAACAUUGAUAUUAAAUUAUUAUUUCUUUUUAAAAA